GUUUGCCCGACUCAGUCCCGUCAGUAUCACGCAACAUGAGCCUUCUCGUAUCUGCUUUCCGGCACGGUUUCCGCCGUUUACCGCGGUGUACCAGUGUUAUUCACCGUUCUGAUCCCAUUGCAAUUCAACAAGCCCUUCCCGCGCUCAAAACCGUCGAUUACCCGGUCAAGUAUGAUUCUCAGAGACACCUCAGCUCAAUGAAUCCGAAUGACUUCAUUGCGGUUUCGCUGAUUGAUUCCGUUACAUUCGAAACGGUUUGCUCCGACACUCUGGAAUCCCUGUGCGACUAUUUCGAGCACCUGGUGGAAGAGGCAAGCUUUCUCAAAUCGGCCGAUAUUACUUAUGGGGACGGAGUGCUUACGGUAAACUUCGGGAAUCCCUACGGGACGUACGUUAUUAACCGGCAAUCGCCAAACAGGCAGAUCUGGCUGAGCUCCCCGAAAAGUGGUCCCAAGCGGUACGACUUCAUUCCGGACAAAUCCAAGGUCAACGAAGGAUUUUGGCUGUACAAACACGACGGCGUUUCGCUGCAUGAGCUUCUCCAGAAAGAAAUCGCUGAAAUAGUGCGGACGGAAGUGGAUUUCCUGUCGCUUCCGCACAGCACCCGGGUCGAUCAUUGAGGGAGUUCAAAGAUUGAGUAUGACAUUAGCUAUAUUUUCACAUGUCAGAUACAACAAAGUUGAUGCACUGAUGAAAUAACUGGUUUUCAUUAGUAUA